AUGCAACCCCCUCUGCCCUCCGUCACGCCGACAUGGCGCAACGACACCUAUGAGGCUAUCUCGCCCUCCCGCCCGGAGCUCAGCGCGGCGGGGAAGACGAUCAUCGUGGCAGGCGCGGGUAGUGGAAUCGGCCGAGAGACCGCCCUGGCCUUUGCUGCUGCCGGGGCCGCUCGAGUCAGUCUCCUGGGCCGCACAGAGGCCGCCAUAGCCGAGACGGCCGCCUCCUUGCCGUCGUCUGUGCAGAGUGAUGUUCACGCCGUGGACAUUACUGACGAACAGACGUUGAUCAAGGUGGCAGCCGCGAUCGGCAAGUGGGAUAUUCUUGUUUUGGCCUCUGGUUUUGUGUCCAGCCCGUCGCCCGUCGCAGGGUCGGCUACCGAUGACUGGUGGCAGAGUUUUGAGACAAACACCAAAGGAACAUACCUCGUCAGCAAGGUGUUCCUCCCCACGGCGAACCCUUCGCAUGCGUCCAUCGUCGCACUUACUACCGGCACAACGGCGUUGCCGGCAGUCGCCUUGCCUGGUCUGUCCGCCUACAUGGCGUCCAAGCUAGCUCAAACGAAAAUCAUCGAGUUCCUAGCGGCGGAAAACCCGAACAUCUUCGCGGUAACCCUUCACCCGGGCAUGGUCGAGACCGACAUCUUCACCAAGAGUGGCGCCAAGGCCGAAGCUCUCCCCAUGGAUAAAGUCCAACUCCCUGCCCACUUCACGGUGUGGCUAGCAAGUCCCGAGGCGGCGUUCCUCAAUGGUCGUACUGUUUGGGCCAACUGGGACGUCGAAGAGCUCAAAAAGGGUACCGGCGCGAUCCAAUCUGGUCAGCUGCUGACCAGCGGUAUCAAUGGAUGGCCAUACACUAGCCUUGCUUGA